AUGAGGUGGUUUUCAGUGGGUAUCAAGGUAGUUUGUUUGCUUUCAAUGAUGUGCACAGUGAGUGGCAUUGGUGCAAACUGGGGCACACAGGCAUCCCACCCUCUUCCCCCAGACACUGUAGUUAGGCUGCUGAGAGAAAAUGAAAUUCGAAAGGUUAAGCUUUUUGAUGCGGAUUAUGACACAUUGAGAAGCCUGGGCAAGUCUGGGGUUGAGGUCAUGGUUGGUAUUCCUAAUGAUAUGCUUGCAUCUCUGGCCACCAGCGUUAAGGCUGCUGAGAAAUGGGUUUCCAAGAAUGUCUCAGCACACGUCUCCUCCAGUAAUGUCAAGAUCAGGUAUGUUGCAGUUGGAAAUGAACCUUUCUUGGAAACAUACAAUGGUAGCUUCCUCAGAACAACCUUCCCUGCUCUGCAGAAUGUCCAGUCUGCCCUGAUAAAAGCUGGCCUUAGCAACCAAAUAAAGGUGACUGUACCCCUCAAUGCUGAUGUCUAUGCAAGUUCAAAUGGGCUGCCAUCAGGUGGUGACUUCCGAACUGAUAUCCAUGGGUUAAUGCUUCAAAUUGUCAAGUUCUUGAGUGACAAUGGUGCCCCCUUCACCGUGAACAUUUACCCCUUUAUAAGCCUUUACAUUGACUCCAACUUCCCUGUUGAUUAUGCGUUCUUUGAUGGCAAUGCAUCACCUAUUGCAGAUGGUAGUUUAACCUACUACAAUAUGUUUGAUGCAAAUUAUGAUACUCUUGUGUGGGCCCUGCAAAAGAAUGGCUUUGGAAACUUACCAAUCAUAGUUGGAGAGAUUGGAUGGCCAACAGAUGGAGACCUGAAUGCUAACAUAGUUUAUGCUCAGAGGUUCAACCAAGGUUUCAUGUCCCACAUAUUGGGUGGCAGAGGAACUCCAAUGAGACCCGGUCCAAUUGAUGCUUAUCUAUUCAGUUUGAUUGACGAGGAUGCUAAAAGCAUUGAUCCAGGAAAUUUUGAACGACACUGGGGAAUAUUUACUUUUGAUGGGAUAGCAAAAUACCAGCUUAACCUUGGCAGCACAAAUUCAGGGUCCUUAGUUCCAGCAAAAGGUGUGCACUAUUUGGAGCGCAAGUGGUGUGUGAUGAAGCCAUCAGCGAACCUUGAUGACCCACAAGUAGCACUAAGUGUGAGUUAUGCUUGUGGACUUGCCGAUUGCACCAGCCUUGGUUACGGAACAUCUUGUGGCAGCUUGGAUGCUCGAGGAAACAUUUCUUAUGCAGUUAAUAGUUACUACCAGAGGAACAAUCAACUUGAUGUAGCUUGCAAGUUUCCAAACCUUUCAAUGAUCACCAAAACAAACCCAUCAGUUGGAUCUUGCAGAUUUGAGAUAAUGAUCGAACCAUAUUAUGGCGGUGCAGGAAGGCGAUUCGGGUGCCUCCAAAAGCCUCUAAGCCUGGUUGCACUUAUCAUUUUCUUUUCACUAACCGUUGUGUGA